AGUUCGUGCGUUGCUUCACGCUCAUAACAUACGAGAUAACGUGAGUAGUUGCGUGUGGUUGUGUCUGCGCCGGUUGAUCCGCAGCCUUCCACGAAAGCUUGGUUUGCCCACUUAAAAGACCGGUUAUAUAUUAUUGUGAUAGCCUCCGUGUUGGUUGGGCACCGUUCCAUUCCAUUGUAAGCGUGAGAAAGCAAACAAACACUCACACAAACACCGGUCACACAUGAGUGAGUUUCGCUCCCUCUUUCUCCCGAUCAGCGAGGCGGAGCAGGCCGUCUUCGCCAGCGUCUUCCCGUUACUUCUCACGGUGCCCUGCUUCAUUGAAGGCGCCGCGGCAUCCGCAGCAGGGGAGCACCACACCAGCAGCGGCAACCCACACACACACACCAACGCCGCUGCUACAGCGCCUGCUGCAACCUACUCUCCCGCCGAGGGCCACGGAAGUCACACCGACGGCAACGCAUCUGCCGUGGCGCAUCCGUCCGCGGCGGAGGUGCAGGCGCAACGUGGGGGUCCGCCGCGGUCGCUGGUCUUCGCAGUCGGCAGCGCCCGCGCGGACGCCCUCCUUGUCGUCCUGCGCUCGGCGGAAGUCGUUGUGUUUGGGCUCGAUCGGCGGCACUGCCCGCCCUACGAGUUCUACCGCAUGCGGCCCCUCCCCGACACGCAGCAGCUGCAGGACGCACGGAAGUCGAAGAGCAAAAGCAGCGAGGCGGCAGAGGCGACCUGCGCCAGUCUCCUCCCGCUCUCCAUCUCCUACUGCUGCCGCAUCGCGGUGCCGUCGGAGGGGAGUGGUGGUGAUGAUGGUCGCGGCGGCACCGGUGGGCAUCGCAAUGCGGAGGAGACAGCGAAGGGAGAUGAAAUUUUUAUUCGCGGCCUCGUCGGCAGCAGCGACGGUCGUGUGAGUUUGUUCUCCGACGUCGCCUACACCUUCAGUUUUGCGGCGCAUGAGGUGGCGGUUGCGCAGGUGGACGCUGUGCUGCUUCCGCCAUGUUCGCUGAGCCCGCCCAGCGCCAACGAGGCGUCGAACACAAACGGCCAUCGCAACGGAAGCCCCUUCCGGAGCAGCAGCGCUGAGCCAGUCACUUUUGCUACCAAUGGACGGGUAAGAGAAGUCCCAGCACCGCAGCAGCAGGGACGAGACAACCUCCAGCGUGCGAUGCAGCGUCUUGGCAUCGUCAGCAGCGGUACCGACGGCGUCAUUAUGCUGUGGCGCUGUAUCGAUGGGUCGAUGUCGCCCACCGUGCUCCUUCGGUUCUCCAGCUUCGGACGGCGGGUGCCGUACACCACGUACCACCCCUCCGCCCUCUCCGCGUUGUUCUCUGUCACGGCGCCGCAGUCCAGCCGCGAGGCCGCCAUCGACGCGGAGCUGUGCUGCCCGCCGUCGUGUCUCGUGCAUCCGACCUCGCUGCACGCGCACGGCGUACGGGUGCGGCAGUUCGCCUCCCUCGCCACGUCGGUGCCGUCACCGUCAAGUGCAUCGUCGGAGUCAAACGAGAAGGCAGCGGGUCUGGCGGAGGCUGCGCGGCACGCGGCACCGACGUGGUUGCGGCUGCCGAUGCCGGGGUCGUGGACGACGGCGGUAACCGCCAUGGCAACGCACAACGGCAUCACGCUCGUCGCGCGGGAGGCGUCGUUGUUCUCGAUGGUGCGCUUCAACGCCCAGGCUGCGGUGCGCCUCUGGAAGGCCGAGAGUUCAAUCACGCAGAUUGUGCUGCAGGACACACUGGCGCUGGCGGUGUGCGCGAGGACCGGGGCGGUGCACGUCCUCACGAUACACCCCGUCACGGGCCGAGGCGUGCAUCAGCGCACCUUCUACUCCUACAAGAACCGUCGCAUUCUGCACGUCAGCCUGCAUGAGGCAUCGCUGUUGAUGUCCAUUGUGGAUGUGUGCGGGUCGACGGAGCUGGUGCAGCUGCCAAGCGAUGUGCUGCUGCGUCGCCACGCGCACCCAUUGCAGGGCGGCUACACGCUGGGCAGUGCGGAACGCUUGAACCUUCUCGCGUCGAUGGCGGCGCUGCAGGUAAAGGUCAGCAUCGAGGACGUGAAGGGGGCAGACGCGAAGGCGGGCGCGGGGGAGGAGGCCACCUCCAUGUACGAAGCGAACGCCGCGCUGGACCAGCUAAACGAGCAUCUGCUGCUGGCCCGGCUGGCGGUGCCGGAGGAGUGUGACCGCUACAUGACGCCCAAUCACCACGUAUUCUAA